AUGGUGAGUUUCGAAAUCAUCAUUCAAAAGAAGUUGGCUAUCGUGUGUUAUCUGGAAAGUUUAAGUUGUAAAGGGAAACAUUAUUUGUCUUAUGGGACUAAAUGUAACUUGGUUGAUGCUUGGAGGAUUAAACACUCUCGGGGUAAACAGUACACAUGGGCAAGAAUGAAGGAUGAGGCAGAGGGUGGAGCCAUAGACUUGUUGUGGCCCAUCCUCAGGGAUGCCAUCUCUGCCAUAGAGACACCUUGGGAAAAUGACCAGCGGCUUCAAGACUGUGGAGUUGUGGGACACAAGCGGUUCCUUGUCCCCAUAGACACCAGGAAUCUGAAGCCACUGCAGUAG